GAGACGACCUAUAAAAAACUCGAAAACAAGAAAAAUAAAUAUUACUCCUAUCGUCAUAUCAUAGUAGAACAUGAACCGCAUUACAGGAACAAACAAAAUGAAAAACAAUUCCUAUCAUCAUAUCUUCUGAUGAAACCCUAACUCACUCCGUUCUCGAUCUACACAACUACCAAUUUUUCCAACCUCAUCUUCUGUCUCCAUCUGUACAUAAUAACAGAUCCGUUAUUGCAAAAUGGAUGGAAACAAAGACGAUGCAUUGAAAUCAUUGAAAAUCGGUAAAGAAGCGUUAGAAAGUGGAGAUCGUAAUCGUGCUUUGAAGUUUCUUAACAAAGCUCGCCGUCUCGAUCCAACUCUUCCAAUCGAUGAUCUGCUUUCCACCAUAGACAGCGAUGCAGGCGAUCAUCCCACAGCAGCUGCUGAGCCGCGGCCUAAUCAAUCGGAUCAACCCUCUAUUCGUCGAAGGACUGCCUCUCCGGCGCAUGGGAUUUCGUCGUCGUCAACAUCAUAUAGUGAGGAGCAGGUUUUGAUUAUAAGAGAAAUUAAGAGGAAGAAGAAUUAUUAUGAUAUUUUAGGGUUGGAGAAGAAUUGCACUGUAGAUGAUGUGCGAAAAUCGUAUAGGAAGCUGUCUUUGAAGGUUCAUCCUGACAAGAACAAAGCCCCGGGAGCUGAGGAGGCGUUUAAGUCCGUUUCGAAGGCUUUUCAGUGUCUUAGUAAUGAGGAGAGUAAGAGAAAGUAUGAUCUUUCCGGAGAAGAUGAGAUUGUCUAUGAAAGGCGUGCAGCUGCGAGGCCCGCUGCUAGAGGUUUUAAUGGUUACUAUGAGGCUGAUAUUGAUGCUGAGGAAAUAUUUAGGAAUUUCUUCUUUGGAGGAAUGGCACCUGCUGCUAAUUUUGGUGGGUUUAGUUUUGGUGGACCGGGGAUGGCUCAUCGACAGGCUGCUGCUGAUAAUGGCUCUGGCGGGUUCAAUGUUCGUGCUUUGAUUCAGUUGCUUCCGGUGCUUCUUAUUUUGCUUCUUAACUUUUUACCUUCGUCGGAUCCGGUGUAUACUCUUCAGCAGAACUAUCCUUAUGAACACCGGCUUACUACACCGAAGGGCGUUAACUACUAUGUUAAGUCUACUAAGUUUGAAGAAGAUUAUCCGUUGGAUAGCCGUGAACGUGUUACGAUUGAGGAACGGGUUGAGAGGGAAUACUUUGGUAUUCUUCGCCAGAAUUGUCAGUUUGAGAUUCAGCGACGCCAGUGGGGAUAUAUCCGGGAAACACCUCACUGCGAUAUGCUUCGGAAGUUUGAUUUGGUCCGUUGAUAUAUGAGUUUGAAACAUGGUUUUAAUUUUACUAUUGUCUUGCCUUUUGAUGUAGAUGCAGAGCUAAACUGCCUGUGAUAAUAUUAUAGAAUGUACAAUUUAUUUUUUUCACUCAGUAAUUAGUGAAGCAGUUACUAAUAAAUCACCUUGUUGGGAUUGUUAGCACUCAAAUUUCAUCUUAUAAAUAUAAGUCAUUAUUAUUUAUGUGAAAUAUAUGAUUGCAUUGCCUCGCACAA